UAGACAGCAUGCAGAUGAGGUGCAUGCAUGGGAGAAGAAUGAGACUCCUUGAUUUCUCCUGGAUCAGAUGUUGACCUGGCUGCAGCGGCUGCAGGGCUACAAGCUCACAGUUUAGUGAUAAAGAAGUUUAGCGAGUUUCCUUUUGGAUGUGAAACAUCUCGAGUGGCUCCAAAAGUCUGCUGUCUGUCUGUCUGUCUGUCUGUCUGACGACGUCGUCUGCUCAGCAUUCAAAAGUACCGCCGUCUGGAAAGACAGGUGUUGGGAUGAACAGAUCCAGGUCCAGCUGGGAUAAAAAAGUCCCCCAGUCUCCAGUCACCAGGAUGACACGCAGCUCCAGCUCCCAGACCAGUAACACCAACCCUGCAGAGACCCAGGACGCUGGGCCGGGUCCCUAUGGAAAACAACGAAGGAAGCAGACAGACUCUGCUUUGGCCCAGGACCUCAGUCAGAUGAGUGUGAGCAGACAGGACAGUUUACCUACAAGUAAAGGAAAGACGUCCAUAAGUAGCAGUGACCCUGUGCAGGCUGGUCAGUCCUCUGGGUCCAGACCUGGUCGUGGCAGUGCGCCUGAAUUAGCUGCCAAGUCCUCUUCCCGGGGCGGUCUAGCCUCUGUUGCUCGACUGGUGAAGCUCGGCCGCUGUAAGAACGUGGUGGUGGUGGCCGGAGCAGGAAUCAGCACAGCCAGUGGCAUCCCAGACUUCAGAACUCCAGGAACAGGUCUUUACGCCAACCUGGAGAAGUACAACAUCCCUUACCCAGAAGCCAUUUUCAACAUUGAUUACUUCUCCAACGACCCGCAACCUUUUUUCUCCUUGGCAAAGGCUCUGUAUCCUGGCAGCCACCAACCGAACUACAUACACUACUUUGUCCGCAUGCUUCAUCACAAAGGCCUGCUGCUCCGAAUGUACACCCAGAACAUCGACGGACUGGAGAAACUAUGUGGAAUCCCAGAUGACAAACUUGUGGAAGCUCACGGUAGUUUCGCCACGGCUGCCUGUCACCUGUGCUACACUGCGUACCCUGCUGAGGAGGCUAAGCAUGCCAUAAUGAAUGACAACGUCCCCAUAUGCACAUUCUGUGCUGCAACAGUCAAACCUGAUGUUGUAUUUUUUGGAGAAGACCUUCCUCAGAAGUAUUUCCUCCACACUAAAGACUUCCCCAAAGCAGACCUGCUAAUCAUUAUGGGCACCUCAUUACAGAUUGAGCCAUUUGCCAGCCUGGUGAACACGGUACGCUCCACUGUGCCACGUCUCCUCCUGAACCGACACGCCGUGGGUCCCUUUGAGAAGGUCCCACUGCGGAGAGGAGACCACAUGGAGCUUGGUGACCUGGAGGACACAGUGCGGAGGUUUGCUGAAAUGCUCGGCUGGAACGAUGAGAUUGAGGAGUUGAUGAGGAGUCAGGAAACACUGAGCAACCCUUUAUUGAUUAGCAGCCUGUCAGAGAGCGGACAAACAUCUUGUCAGAGCAGAGGAACUCCCGAGCCCCCAGGUGGAAUAGAAACCUCAACAAAGACCAGACCAGGAGGUCAAAGAGCAUCCAGCGGCGGCGAGGAGACAGACUCAGAGACGGACAGUAAGAGCUCUGCGUCAUCCUGCCAGAGCAACUGAUGCAGCUGCAUGUUGCAUAAACGAUGGCACUGGAAAGGUUUGAGAAGCUGUCUUCUCUCCUGAGUUCACACUAAGACUUUUCUUCGGUAAUUGUAUACAACCGUUACUUUUCAUUUGGUUAUUUUCUGCUAGUGGCAAAAUGUUUUCGUCGGAGUGAAAUACAUCUGUCAUCUUCAUCUGGGAGCCGCAGUGUGUCAUGGUUAUAAAUGUUCAUACGUAAACCAAAUGAUCUGUUUAUCAAUUUCUCAACAACCAUAUUUAAGGCACUUAUUAUAGAGGUAGGGUCCAUCCAGAACACUAGUUAAUAUAUAUAUGAGGUCCUGUAACAAAAAUCCUGAUGUUUCUUCAGGUGUUUUUUUAUGUCCCAUCUCAGUCAACUUAUUAAUGUUUUAUAUCUGCAA